AUGACCAAAUUUUAUCUUCAAUACAAGAACAACUCUCCAGUGCUUAUCGAUACAGCCCACGGAAGAGGACCACAAGGAACUCUACCUCUGAUUACUGUUUCUCAUUUGAUUUCAGCUUACAAGACUGCUGCCACUCCCCUCCUUGACGCUAUUCCUGUUGACGAACUCACUCUUCAUUUUGAGGUGUAUGGUCCAGCCAUUGCUCGAUAUGGGUUUCUGACCUCUAUUCAAUAUCCUUUUGGUUGUUACGACAUUCCACUGACUAUUAAAUCCAAGAAUGAUGUGGAUGUUGACCGUCCCUAUCAAAGACACUUUGUACAAAGUCGAGCUGAUCAAGAAUUCAUCGAAACCAAUAAUUUGAAAUUGCAAAACCCAAAUGACGCUUUCAAGUAUUUGAUACAUCAUCUGGAAAAGAUUGUCGAUGUCACAAGGUUGCCAAAUAACGCCGUAUUUAACGACAAUUGCUUGGAACACCGUCUUGAUAGGAGAGUAACCAAUUAUCAAAUUGACGAUGUCGAUAAUAUCAAACUGUUUUUUGCUGUUUCUGGUGCAGGAAAAACAAGGAUGUUUCUAGAGUUGCUUUAUUCAAACUUUGGGUACUACUUUGCUUGCAAGAGCUCUCAAGAUGACUUUGGCUCUAAAGACAUGUAUCAAUGCCUGGUGUAUUGCGAGAGUAACUAUCAGCCUGAACUCACUGAACAUGCUAUCCAACUGUUGUAUUUCGUUCGGGUUUCUGUUUGCAACUACUUGAUAAGCAAGGGAUUCAAGGAACCUUGGCAAAUUCUUCUGGCUCAACUCCAUCCUAUCGCAUUCUUUGGAGUUGACUUGUUUGAGCGUCUUUUUACGACCCUUGUAAAAGAGCCUGGACUUUCCCCAACUGCCAUUACAAACCCGUUUCCUUUUAUUGCCAUUGAUGGAGUUCGAAAUCUUGCACGAGGUCGUCGUUUUCAUUUUCAACCAGAAAGUAGAAACUUUCGUCCCUUUUUCACUCCAUUUGUAUACCAUUCCAAAAUGAUGGGAGUAUUUCCUCAUUGCCUACUGUCUGCCACCAGUAUUGACUUUGAACUCAUCAAAGAGCUAGUGGAGUCCAGUGCUAUGAAGGAUGAUCAAAUCACAGAUUGUGUAGUUGUCUCAGAUUUUCAUUCUCUGACAAAGCUCGAGGUUGAACACAAAUUUAUCACUGGGAUAUCUAAUGUUGAUGGCCAGAUUUUCCCGCUUAGAUUCUUGAAAAAUGACCUUGAUGGAGGCAUUCGUUCAUUUGACAAAGUCAUUGCUGGUGAUAACCUGUCAGGACCCAUUUGCGACGCAUUUAUUGAUGCCAUUUGGGAGGGGAAAAUGCAACUUAAAGUAACUGGAAAUGACGCUGCUACUGCAAUACUUUACGGUUUGGGAUUUGGUCAGACUGUCAAUGGAACUAUAUCUUCCAUUGAAAUUCAAGAAUUGGCCGUAAUCGAGUGUCUUCGCUACUUUUUGCCCUUUGCACACACUGUCAAAAGUUUAUACCAAAGAAUUGGCUCGUAUCCUAACCCUAACCCUCAAACGGUUGGCUAUUUGGUGGAAUACUUGGUUGCGUUUGCUUUAGUAGCCAACCAUUCUGGUCCUGAUGCUGCCAAUAGUAUCAAGGCAUCCCGAGCUUCUGCAUCCAGCUAUUUACUAUUUGGUGAUUCAAGUCAAGUAUACUUUCCCGAUCAUAUGUGUGGACCAGAUAUCAUCUACAAGUGUGCCAAGACAAAGACUGUAUACAUUGUCCAAGUCAAAUUUGUCGAGAGAAUGUCAAAACAAGAAGCUGCAAACGCUUACAAUACUACAGAUCCUGAACGCUUUUAUUGCAAACGUAAUGGCGGUGGAGUGUCGGAAGGGUUUGAAGAAGAACAAACUUACCUUCUUAGCACUUUGUCGAAACUACACGAAUCAGGCUACUCAUUGCAACAGAAUCUGGUUAUUCAUACUGCUGAAAAGAACCCUGUUGAUGCUCAAGGUAUGGAAAUCAUCAAUAGUCAAAACUCGCCUCAGUUUUUUGAUGAGAUUGGCAACGGUGUUUGGAGUUUUUUGGAUUCAGUUGGAAAUAACCUUCAAUAA